CACCAACCCGAAGCUAACUAAAUUUGCUAAGGACGGACAGGACAACAGCACGGUUCCAGUGAAACGUGUCUAUCAGCUUAACGGUAAGGGCCUCUGUCGGGCUAUUCAGCAGAAAUGUGUGGCAUAUUUACUUCCAUUUCUAAAACUGAAGCUCCAAGCCCAAACCCCGAACUACUACAACACCUCGCCAACAGGGGCCCAGAUCUAUCCAAUACCCUGAGAGCUGUUGCACAAACAGCGAUAGAUGGUGAUACCGUCUCGUUGCUAUUUACAUCUACCGUGCUUUCUCUGCGUGGCGGCCACGUAACCGCGCAGCCACUUUCAACCACAGAAACCGGCUCGGUCUUGUGCUGGAAUGGAGAGGCCUGGAAAAUUGGCCACGAUGUGGUAGAGGGUAAUGACGGCGAGGCAAUUAUUGGCCUCCUUGAUGCCAGUAUUGUCUCAAGGUCGGCUGAUGAGUCUAUCAAUGCCGUCCUCGAUGUUCUGAGGACCAUAUCUGGCCCCUUUGCAUUUGCUUAUUAUGACAAAAUCCAUCGUCUUGUUUAUUUCGGGCGGGACUGCCUUGGGAGACGAUCGCUGUUGUACAAUUCCGAAGAUAUCUCGGAUGCUAUCCAGUUUUCUAGUAUUGCGGAUUCAACGAGCAGUUCUUGGAAAGAAGUCGAGGCAGAUGGGAUCUAUGUGGCAGCACUUGAUAGAGCAUCUAUCCCCCCAGGUUUAGCUUUACUAGAGGAAUCGUCCGUGGGAAACAAACACUUUCCUUGCUACAGAUGCCCAUGGGUGCCAAGUGACAACCAGGGUGCUACUCCUUCGCUUUCUCUCGGUGUUCUUAACCAAGUAGUCCCCACGACUCCGUGGUCUCUGAAUCUGUCAUCCGACUCUGUAAGGCAACUUGAGCAGCAUAUGAUACAAUCAUUGCGGUUACGCCUGCUAAAUAUUCCUGAUCCUCCGCGUUCUGAAGGUCCAGCCAAGGUCAAGCUGGCCAUCCUUUUCUCUGGCGGCCUGGACUGUGCAGUUCUUGCACGCAUGGCGCAUGAUAUACUGCCAUUGGAAGAGCAGAUAGAUCUCCUUAAUGUGGCCUUCGAGAACCCAAGGGUUGUUUUGGCAUCAAAGCAACCACCAAAAGUGAAGCAACAGCGAAAAGCUCGGCAAGGACGAGACCAGCUAGAUAUUCUUGGUGAGGCUGUAGCCAAAGAAAAUCCAUUAGGCGACACUCCACCUGUUGUUUGCCCGCCUGUUGGGGUGGACAACCCAUUUGAAGCGUGCCCAGAUAGAAUGACUGGGAGAAGCGCGCUCAAGGAGCUGAGACAAGUCUGCCCCGGACGGAAAUGGAACUUUGUAGAGGCCAAUAUACCAUACGAAGAGUUCUUAACUCACAGAAGUAAAGUCAUAUCUCUUAUAUAUCCACACAACACAGAAAUGGACCUAUCUAUAGCAGGUGCAUUGUAUUUUGCGUCUCGAGGAUCUGGAAAAGCAUCCAUUGACGAUAGUGUUCCUGCAACCGACUAUGCAACAGAAGCCCGAGUUCUUUUAUCGGGGUUGGGCGCAGACGAGCUCUUUGGAGGCUAUACCCGACAUGCCACAGCAUUUUCUAGGCGUGGAUUCGAAGGGUUAAUCGAAGAGCUGGACCUAGAUGUGGGUAGACUAGGAAAGCGGAACCUAGGUAGAGAUGAUCGGGCCAUCUCGAACUGGGGUCGAGAAGCCCGCUUUCCGUAUCUUGAUGAGGAUCUCGUGAGAUGGUCGCUGGCGUGCCCUGUGUGGGAUAAAUGUGGCUUUGGUGGCUCAGAGGCAUUGGAUGCCGCUGAACCAGCAUUGGAGCCAGGGAAGAAAGUUCUUCGUCUCCUCGCGUGGAAGUUGGGAAUGCACUCUGUGUCUCAAGAGAAGAAACGCGCGAUCCAAUUCGGAGCACGGACUGCAAAGAUGGAGACGGGACGCAGCAAAGGAACGACUUUACUCUCAUGAGAUAAUUUGGCGAGAACCCAAGAUCCAGCGAUGAUGACACUUCAGAUACUACUGAAUUGAUACUGCAACCCGGCAGCCAUUUCGUAUACUCUUCGUGUGUUUCUGUACAACAGUAACCAGAGAGUUUUGAAAUAGCUAAGGGCCAUCUGCAAUCAAUGAUGAAGUGGUUAAAGGCAAGUCUGAGUUGGAGUUUCUGGGCACCCAAUUCAGUUAUGAUGGCGCCGACUGGAAGUGAAUGGCGGCCUUGAUACCAAGGACUGACCUUUCAAUACCUACCAUUCUGCUGCUUAUGGGGAGGAGCCGUGAUCCGGACCACCUGAAUUUAAAUUAUCCGCCGAGGACUACACGUCGGUUCCUGGCUCUCCGUGUGUAGCCGAAGAUCAGCUGUCCAUGAAGGGCCUUGAUCCAGCCCACCUGGAAUUUCCCGCAGAGGAAGCUUCCUCACCUAUACAUCGGUUCCUAGAUUUUCAUCUAUGCCCGAAGAUCGCCCAUGCGGAAUACUACCUAUUCACUAUUCUAUGACAUGACCAUACGGUGUCAAUCACGUGAUGAUAUAUUGAUACCAUGGUGCCACACAUCUCCGCACUUUUUAAAUUCCACCAGCCAUAGCGCGCUUAUUUGAAGUGCAGCCACUGUACAAGUACAGUAAGUUACUCCGAUACGACAAGCUUUGUUCUGGGUCUCCCUACAUAUGGCGGCAUGUACCGUAUCGAUAUUGAUCAUGUGAUCCUGGCAAACGCCAUUUGGAGUCAUCUCCACACUGGCCAAUACAGACAAAACAACUGAUUAACCCGCCCCCGCCUCGAAAUAGUGAACAAAGGCGGCCGUCAAAUGAGCACUACUGCUAGAUUCCCAAGUUAAUCUUCAACCCCACACGAUAUCUCUCUCCAAGUGGGGAUGGACCGUCAAAGCCUUGUCACCUCGUGCUCAAAUAAUUUAGCGUGGCCGGCCCAUGGAGAAACUCUGAUUAGUGGAAUCUAUGUGAUAACCUCUCCGGCCCUCCACAAACGGGAUAACAUCAACUCCAAUUUCUGGGGUAGCAAGGAAUAGAGUCCUUCUCGAGGCACGCUUGGUUGGAGACUAACGCGUCUCCCACAUUUCUAAAGUAACAUCCAAGCAUCUAUAGCAGUAGUUUGCUCUCUCCGCAUUCCUCAAAAUGUCCACUAUUGAGGCCGGCUUGCUUAUCUCCCCCCUUAGUGUCGGGAUGAUGGGUCUCCACGUCCGGAGAUCCCUGUCGAGUUCCAACCACAUGUCGGACGGACAACUGUGGUAGGCAGUUGGAGAAGGUCUGUGAGGGGUGCGGAGAGGAGUUUUCUCCAGCUAUCUUGUGUGGCGUAUUGCGUUUGGGCGCAUAUGGUAGGUACCUCCACUUUCUGUAUCAUGGAUGGGCCAUGGGCAAUGGCUCAUCAUAUAUAU